AUGUGUGUCAAAGAUGUGAAGAUUCUUCCAAACUAUAACUCGUCUUACCUUCCCAUGAUGCCUGAUGGCUCAGUUCUCGUAGUCGACGACGUCUGCCACCAGUCAGCGGAGAUCACCAUGGCUUCAUUCUGUCGGAUAGACAACAAAUCAUCACAUCUACCUUGUAUGCUCAGUGCCCUGGAGGAGCAGACCUUCAUUUUUCAGCUGCAGCUACAAGAGAAAGAAGAACAGCAAUCCAGCAAGGGUUUGGAAGUCCCAUUGUUGGCUGUCCUACAGUGGCACAGUCCAGUACAUCCUGCCAUGAGAUGCAUCUCUACUUGUUACUCGAUACCCAGUGUUCACUUAAAUCGUCCAGAGUUGGUGAUGAUGGCGUCCUGCCCAAGGACCGUCAGGCCUCAACAACACUUCUGGGUGAAAUACACACUGCUCAACAAUUUGCAAGAUUUCCUUGCUGCUCGUCUGAUCUGGAAUUCAGAGGGAGGAAGUCAGGAUCCCAGUGUGGGAGCGGUUGUGUGCCAGUCUCCACUCAACAACCUGGGCCAGUGUAAGAAAGGCUCCAUACUGUCCUUCACUGUGGCCUUCCAGAUUCUCAAAACUGGGAUUUUUGAGGUCAGGCGCUAUGGUGGAGCUCCAGACAACAACCUCUCCUGCAGGAACUGUUAAUCGAGCCCCUCACCUGUCCCCCGAUCCCAGCUUUGUUUCACUGGUAAAAAUAGCCAAGAGAGAGUGUAAGGUGCUAGUGCUGGAAUGAAUCAAAGAUGUACACAAAAGGUGAUCUGGACUGUGGGAGCUUAUGACAAAAGCAUCACUGUCCUGUGGCUGUGCUUCAACACAGAGCAGCCGUCAGAUCUUUGUCUUCAUCCCAAGAAGAAGCAACAAUCAUACUAUAAUAAAUGCUAAAGAUGGAGUCAGUGAAUGAGGAAUGAAACAUGAAUCAGAGGACUGGUGCUGAUGAGAUUCUGAUGUGAGCUCAG